UUUGGGCUACCAAAAAUGAGACUUAAAGAUCAUGUGUAUGUUCUCACAACAAUGCUGAUCAUCUUAAUAUGGUGUUUCUCUGUCAACUGGUCAAAACUCCAAGAAGCUGCCAAACGGUUAUGUAAUAUGAAGUUAGUGAUUUUAAUCCCAGAAGAUUAUUUUGGGCUACCAAAAAUGAGACUUAAAGAUUGUGUGUAUGUUCUCACAACAGUGCUGAUCAUCUUGAUAUGGUAUUUCUUUAUCAACUGGUCAAAACUCCAAGAAGUUGCCAAACAGUCAUGUAAUGUACAUGAUGAAGUUAGUGAUUUUGUGACCAACUGUGACAAUCCAGGUCUGUUUAAGUCUCAUUUUGGUUGCUGUCCACAUAAACAUUGCCCUGUCAACCACUUCCCCUUCCACCUUCACAGCGGUGUAGCCAAUGUGGUGGCUGCAAAAAUCUGCUUUAACAAUACAAUCAUCAUGGGCGGCAUCAGGAAUAAUGCAGGAGAAGGGCUAAACAUUGUUAUAGCAAACGGUGACACCGGUAAAGUUUUAAGAAAUAAGAACUUUAAUCUGGAAUCUAGAGAUCCCCAGGAAUUACUUGCCUAUCUAAAGACACUAAAGCCAGGAAAUAUAGUGCUUGUGGCCUCAUACAUUGACCCUACAACAAAGCUGACUGAUGAGAUUAGAGAUAUAUUCAGUGCACUGGGCAGCACGAUGGUCAAAUCCCUGAAGCCCAGAGAUAGCUGGGUAUUCGCAGGCGCCUAUGGAAUAAAGGAAGCACGUCCUUUUGAAAAGCUAAUUCAAAAUGAUAUGAGGAACAACGCAUAUGAAGACUGGCCAGAGAUGGGGGAGGUCAUUGGCUGCUUUCCCAGAAUAUCUGAGAAUGAAUAAGCCACAUUAGCCAACCUCAUAUCACCACGUUUGAGACUUGAAAAUAGGACAUUAACAACACUGAAGGAAUAGUUUACUCUCGUAUUGCUCCAAAUCCAUAUGACUUCCUUCAAUGGAACACAUCAGGCGAAAUUUUGCAUCUGUUUAUGCUACUCUUUUCUAGAGCAACAUUCUGCCACUAUGAUAAUAUUAUAAAACAAAAGUACAUUUGAAAGGUAAUACAGAUGAUUCUGUUGUCAUACGGAAUUCCUUCACAUUGGUUCUUAUAUAAGGUAACAUUGUUGCUGUUGAUAUUAACAAUGAAGAGUGGAAAACGGGAAAGUGACAUCAGUUUAACACAGUCCCUUUUUUCACUCCCCCUCCUUCUGCUGAUUUGUAGUACCAGUUAGGACACUGUAUGCACUCUAGGUUGUAAAAGUGUGUGUGUGUUUGGGUUUGCUUGGAGGGAUGUACAUCCCCUCCUGCUUCUCCUCUUGCUCUGCAUUGAAAGUAGCAGGUGGAAUCCCAGAGAAAUUGUUUCUGGAACAAUCCUGAGGCACUGAGCAUUCUGCACCUCUGGAAUCAUGGGUGUGACCCAUGGAAAGAAAAUUUAAUCUCUGAUCUUGGAUCAGUGAUAGACCCUGAGCAGAGGUGGGGCAGAGAAGAGGAUUUAGACCAGAGCAAGCUGCUU